AUGAGAUUCAAGCUCUUCACGUUACUCGUAACUGGGACAGCUGGUUUUGGUUUUACUUAUGCUCAAAUUACGUUCGGAUCAGCUUCCACCGGUACCGUUCUCCAAUCUGAACUUGUCAAACAUGGUAUCAAGACGGUCUUUCCCGGUGAUGUAGGGUAUCCUAACGCGACUCGAGCGUACAAUCUACGAUUCACAGUCCAUCCAGUAGCUGUGACCUUCCCUCAAGAUACUCAACAAGUCUCUGUUGUCGUCAAAACAAGCGCAGCGCUCGGUCUCAAGGUCGUAGCACGCAGCGGUGGACAUAGCUACAUCGCCAACGGCCUAGGAGGAACCAACGGUUCACUUGUUGUCGACCUGAGCGUGUUUAAGAGAAUCAGCUUCGAUCCCGCCACUAAUACUGCGGUCGUUGAGCCUGGAAAUAGGCUGGGUGAAGUUGUGAGUAGACUGAAUGAAGUAGGGAGAGCAAUUCCGCAUGGGAGAUGUACGUUUGUUGGCUUUGGAGGACAUUCUGGUUUUGGAGGGUGGGGGUUUCCAUCCCGGAUGUGGGGUCUCACCCUUGAUAACGUCGAGUCUGCAACGGUGGUUCUUGCCAAUGGGACAGUCGUAGAUGUGUCGGAUAGUCAACAUCCAGAGUUGUUCUGGGCAAUCCGUGGCUCCUCUGCUUCCUUUGGCAUCGUCACAUCCCUGACCAUGAAGACCUACGCCGUUCCUCCCGUUGGAACCUUCUUCCAAUACGCGUGGGAUAUGGACGUUACGAACGCGACACACGCGUUCUCCUCGUUCCAGACCUACGCUACCGAUCCAGCGCUUCCCAACACGUUCGGUGGUGAACUACUUGUCCUGAAAGGGAGUGCAAGAGGCCGACUACUCGUUGUGUUGUUGGGGAGUCAUUACAGUGCAGUCGAGGAAUACAAUCGUACUGUGGCUCCGUUUCUCGACGCAUUACCGGCCCCCACGAGUGCGAAAGUGGUAUCUGGGAGUUGGAUUGACGUCGUGACGGCAGGAGCGGCUGGACAGUUGAAUACUACUGGGGUUGAGAUGCCACGAGAUACGUUUUAUGCGAAGUCGUUGAUGACUCCUGAGGAUGGCCAGUUAUUGACUGAGGAUGCGUUUAAUGGGUUAUUGAAGUAUUUGGCUGAGGAAGGGUACGAUUCUGAUACGUUUUGGCAUGUGGAGAUGGAGCUUUAUGGAGGACGAAAUUCUGCGAUUAAUGCUGUCCCUCUUGACGCGACGGCGUUUGGACAUAGAAAUACUCUAUUCACCUUCCAGCCCUACGCUUCAACCGGAGAUCUUCUUCCGCCAUUUGAUAAUGACAUCUUCGGUUUCGUGGAUGGUAUGGUGUCGAGUAUUACGGAUAGAAUGCCAAAUGACUGGGCCUGGGGUGGUUACGCCAACUAUAUUGACUCCAGGUUAGAUGACUGGCAACACCGUUACUACGGGCAACACUAUGAAAGGCUUCAGGCACUGAAGAAAAGUGUGGAUCCGGCCAAUACGUUUCAUUUCCCCACUUCGAUCGAGGAGUGA